ACCGGAUAUACGUCAUCAACAUGUGCCCGUUGCUGUGGCGACGCAUUCUGGCGCUACGUCAUAUUUAGCAAGACAUGCUCGCUACCGAUUAUGGCUAAAACAAGCUCGGACAAGUUGUGGGAGCUGGCCGCGGCGGAGGUCCAAAGUGUGGAGAAUGGAGGGUCAGAGGAGGGUGGAGGAGAGGCGGUCGGUGAAAGGACUGUCUUCCUGAUGGGGAGCAAGGCCGGGGGCAAGACGUCCAUUCUACUCAGAUGUCUGGACAGGGAUGAGCCGGCUAAACCUACUCUGGCUUUGGAGUACACCUUUGGCAGGAGAGCCACAGGACACAACACACCCAAAGACAUUGCCCAUUUAUGGGAAUUAGGAGGCGGUAUAUCCUUGUCAGACCUGGUCCAGAUCCCCAUCACUCCUGCCAGCAUAAGGUCUCUGUCUGUCAUCCUCGUUUUGGACCUUUCCAGUCCAAACGCCCUGUGGGGGACUAUGGAGAAGCUGAUGCAAGCGGCACAAGUCCAAGUGGAGAAGGCUGCCUCUCAGGCGAUGCAGGAUGGAAAAAGUCGAGCUGGAUCCAAACACCAAAUGACUGUCUCCUCUGCGACGCGUGUCCUGCCCAAAGACUACCCCGACAGAGAGCUGAUCAGUCCUUUCCCAGUUCCUCUGCUUAUUGUCGGCAGCAAGUACGACCGCUUUCAGGAGUUCUCCUCUGACCAGAAAAAAGUGGUGUCUAAGACGUUGCGUUUUGUUGCUCACUACCACGCGGCUUCUCUCAUUUUCACGAGCAUCAAGUCAGAGAGCCAGAUGUCAAAAACAAAGAGCUUCUUCUCCCGUCUGGCUUUCAAUGUGGAAACAAGUAAAACAAUAUCAUGUGACCCAAGUAAGCCACUCAUCAUUCCAGCAGGCGCCGACUCUUUCAGCCAAAUCGGGUCCCCUCCCACGACCAAUGUGGACAUCGCUUCACUGCAUGCCAGAAACCCCAAAGACCUGUGGAAGAAAGUCUUUGAGCAUAUCUUCCCUCCUGAGAGCCUCAGUGAGCAGAAGGAACUGAAGGAUCCGGCCAAAGACCCUCAAUACAGCGAGCCUCAGAUUGAUGCCAUGCGGGCACAGAAAGAUCAGGAGUUGGAAGAGUACAAGAAGAACGCAGCAAAGUCCUGGAAAGGCCUAGAUCUGGACACAUAAGACCCCUAAACAUCCUGAACAGGAUUAAGAUGCAACCAAUGAAUGAUAUUAGAAACUUGUUGAUUAUUUUUUACAGAAAUGGACAAAGGCAAGCAUACUAAUCAUGUAAACGGAGAAACACAUUUUUAGUACCACUGUACUAUACUACUCAGUGGCCUAGUGGGUAGAGUGUCCGCUCUGAGAUCGAUAGGUCGUGAGUUCAAAUCCCGGCUGAGUCAUACCAAAGACUAUAAAAAUGGGACCCAAUACCUCCCUGCUUGGCACUCAGCAUUAAGGGUUGGAAUUAGGGGUUAAAUCACCAUACAUGAUUCCCGGGCGCGGCACCGCUGCUGCCCACUGCUCCUCUCACCUCCCAGGAGGUGAUCAAGGGUGAUGGGUCAAAUGCAGAGAAUAAUUUCGCUACACCUAGUGUGUGUGUGACAAUCAUUGGUACUUUAACUUUCUUUUUAUUAGUCCCCCUACAUACUCUACAUAGUCAUUCUCACAUGCACUGUUCUGUAAAUUCUCUAAUCAACACAUCUAUUCAAUCAAUUGCAGUGUCAUGGUCGGGCAAUGUGUGGUCUACAAAAAAAACCUCCCAAAUCGGCACAUUGGCAUGAACCCCUUGAUGCAGUUUAUUUUUCAGUAACUCCACAGGAUGGCAGCUGCUGCAUUUGAAUAAUCGUGAGUGGUCAGCAUCCGGCAGCUUCAUCUAUCUACCUCUGCAUGCUCUAUAAAAUGUUGCUACUCAGCUGUUGGGGUGAAACUCGCGUGUUACUGUUCAUAAUAAACUUAUCCUAUUGCUGACUGA